GCGCUCCCGCGCCGCGCCCGGCCGGCUUCAUGUGAAGCGCCGGCCCUCCGCCCCCUCCCUCCCCUUCCUACCCUCCCUCCCUCCCUGUCCCCUCCUCCUCCUACUCCUAUCCUCCUCCUCCUCCUCCUCCUCCUCCGGCGCCCGCUUCAGCUCCCCGGGGCCCCCUGCCCGGCCGGGCGCUGACAGCAAGGGCGGGGGUCCCCGCCGCCGCCGUAUCUCGCGCAGGCUCCAGCUGGGGCAGCGGAGCCCCCGGUGCGGCCAUGGACCGGCCGUCCUCGGCGGAGGCGGAGGAGGAACUGGAGUGGCAAGUGGCGAGUCGCAGGAGGAAGGCCUGGGCCAAGUGCCGCAGCUCCUGGCAAGCGUCGGAGACGGAGGAUCUGUCCACAGAAGCGACGACGCAGGACGAGGACGAGGACGACGAGGAGGACCUCCCAAGCGCGAAGCUGCCGGCGGCCCCAGAGAGAGGAAACGUGCCCAACGAGAAGAUCGCCAUAUGGCUCAAGGACUGCCGUACACCUUUGGGAGCCUCACUGGAUGAGCAAAGCAGUAGUACACUCAAGGGUGUGCUUGUGAGAAAUGGGGGCAGUUUUGAAGAUGAUUUGUCUUUGGGAGCUGAAGCCAACCACCUCCAUGAAAGUGAUGCUCAAAUGGAAAACUGCAGUAAUAUCUUGGCCAAAGAGAGAAGACUACUGUUUCAUCAGAAAGGGAGAAGUAUGAAUUCCACUGGAUCUGGGAAGAGUAGUGGGACAGUCUCCAGUGUUUCCGAAUUGUUAGAACUUUAUGAGGAAGAUCCUGAAGAAAUUCUUUAUAAUCUUGGAUUCGGACGCGAUGAACCAGAUAUUGCUUCUAAAAUUCCUUCCAGAUUUUUUAAUUCAUCAUCAUUUGCCAGAGGGAUAGAUAUUAAAGUCUUUCUGAGUGCUCAGAUGCAACGGAUGGAAGUAGAAAACCCAAAUUAUGCCUUAACAAGCCGUUUUCGUCAAAUUGAAGUGCUUACUACUGUGGCCAAUGCAUUUUCUUCUUUAUAUUCCCAAGUCUCUGGGACUCCCCUGCAGAGGAUUGGAAGCAUGUCCUCGGUGACCUCUACCAAGGAGACAGACGCACCUCCACCUUUAACCCGAAGUAACACUGCAAAUCGUUUAAUGAAAACACUAUCAAAACUAAAUUUAUGUGUUGACAAAACAGAGAAAGGAGAGGGUAGUAGUCCUUCCCCAACAACUGAAAAAGGAAAGAUUCUAAAUGUUUCAGUUAUUGAAGAAAGUGGCAAUAAAAAUGAUCCAAAAUCUCAAAAAAUUGUAAAGAAGAAAGACUCAUCUUUUAUGUUGGCUACGGUUAAAGAAGAAAGCUCAGGUAGUUCAGCAACUGUUGUGGAGAGUGCUGAUAUUGAUGGACUUUCUGAUGAAGCAAGUAGUAAUUUUAACAAAGAACCUGAAGCUGAACAAAGUCAAGCUCAAAGUCCCGAGAGUAAACUGGGUGAGGAAUCUGGUAUUGUAGAAUCUCCUUUAGGUAAUGAUUUCAGCAUUUCCAGUGAGCUGGAAAACAGCAGUGAGCUGAAAAAUGUUCAUAUGUCCACACCUGAAAAAGAGCCAUGUGCACUGCCGACAAUCUCAUUUAUAAGACACGUAAUGACACAGCAGAAGGACUCCUUCGAAAUGGAAGAGGUUCAAAGUACAGAGGGAGAAGCUCCUCAUGUUCCCGCCACAUACCAGCUGGGUCUCACCAAGUCAAAAAGAGAUCAUCUGUUACGUACUGCAAGUCAGCAUUCCGAUAGCAGUGGUUUUGCUGAAGAUUCCGCAGAUUGCCUAUCCCUUAAUCAUCUUCAGGUUCACGAGCCCUUGCAAGCCAUGGGGAGUAGUGCUGAUAGCUGUGACAGUGAGACAACAGUCACAUCAUUUGGUGAAGACCUUGUCACACCAACAGUACAAGACCAGCCCUAUUUUAAUGAAUCAGAGGAGGAGUCUCUCGUCCCCCUCCAGAAGGGAAAAGAGAAGGCAGGAACAGUUGCUGACAAAAGAAAGUCAGAUAGCCAGGAUUUCCCUCAGUGCGAGACCACUGAGAAUAAGGAAAAUAAACAGUCCACCUGUGGUCCAGGAGAUCAUGUUACUGAAAUUACUCAAACGAAAGAGGAUUUAGCACAGACAGAGCUACUGAGGGAAGCAAGUGCCGAAAGUGAUUUGGAUAGAAGCAGUGAGUGCGAAUUUACUCAGUAUACCACACAUCAUAUUCUGAAAUCUCUGGCUUCCAUUGAAGCAAAAUGUGGUGAUAAGAGCUCUGAAAAUGCAACUGGACCUCCCUCUUCUGUGGACAGAGUUAACACAGCUUUGCAAAGAGCUCAAAUGAAGGUUUGCGGUCUGUCUAAUCAAAGAGUAGGGCGUAGCCUGAUAAAAUCAAAAGAUCUGUUAAAACAUAGGUACUUACUGGCAAAAGCUGGAUAUCCUCUAAGAAGGUCUCAGUCUUUACCGACCACCUUACUGAGCCCUGUCAGGGUCGUGUCCUCUGUCAAUGUUCGGUUAUCUCCAGGAAAAGAGACCAGAUGCAGCCCACCGUCCUUCACCUUUAAGUACACCCCUGAGGAGGAGCAGGAAUUAGAGAAGAGGGUGAUGGAGCGUGAUGGUCAGUCCUUAGUUAAAUCCACCAUUUUCAUCUCUGCACCAUCUGUGAAGAAAGAAACAGCCUCCCAGAGUGAGGCGACCCAGGAGGAAUGCCAUCAUGGAAGGACUCCUACCUGUUCGCUGUUUGUUCCGGCACCCAUAUCUCAGUCCACCUGCUCCCUUCAUUCCCUCCACUCGGAGUGGCAGGAAAGGCCCCUGUGUGAGCAUGCAAGAACCCUGAGCACUCACAGUGUUCCCAACAUAUCCGGGGCCACCUGCAGUGCCUUUGGGCCCCCUCUCGGGUGUCCUUACUCACAUAGACAUGCUGCCUACCCUUACCGAGGGUGCUCUGGGAAUCCUCCUUCCACCAUUGAAAUGCAGCUGCGAAGAGUCUUGCACGAUAUAAGGAACUCACUGCAGAAUCUUGCGCAGUACCCUAUGAUGAGAGGACCCGACCUUGCUGCUGCUCCGUAUAGUAAUCAGAAAUCAGCUGUUCUACCUCUUUAUGAAAAUACUUUUCAGGAGCUCCAAGUAAUGAGGCGGAGCUUGAACUUGUUUAGAACACAAAUGAUGGACUUAGAAUUGGCAAUGCUGCGUCAGCAAACCCUGGUUUAUCAUCAUAUGACGGAGGAGGAGAGGUUUGAAGUUGAUCAGCUCCAGGCUUUGAGAAAUUCAGUGCGGAUGGAGCUUCAGGACCUGGAACUGCAGCUGGAGGAGCGCCUGCUGGGGCUGGAGGAGCAGCUGCGAGCUGCGUGUGUGCCCUCGCCCUUCCGCUCCUCCUCACUCCUGGGAAUGUGUAGCAGUAGAAGUGCUGAUAACUUAUCCUGCCCUUCUCCACUGAAUGUGAUGGAACCAGUCACUGAACUGAUACAGGAGCAGUCAUACCUGAAGUCUGAAUUAGGCCUGGGCCUUGGAGAAAUGGGAUUUGAGGUUCCUCCUGGAGAAAGCUCAGAAUCUGUUUUUUCCCAGGCAACAUCAGAGUCAUCUUCUGUAUGUUCUGGUCCCUCUCACGCUCACAGAAGAACUGGAGUACCUUUUAGUGCCUCUGUGAGCAAACCCAAAACCCAGUCAGUGGCAAGUAAGAAAGUGUUCCGAGCAUCAGUGGCCCUAACGCCCACCGCCCCUUCUAGAACAGGCUCUGUGCAGACACCUCCAGACGUGGAAAGUUCUGAGGAAGGUGAAGCAGCUGAAGAAGUCCCAGAGGCUGUAGGACCUAAAUCUGUAGUGGAAGAAGGGCAGAGAAAACCCCCAGGAAUGGCAGCUGCUGAGGAAAUGCACAGAAGUGUGGAGCAGGAUGAACUGCAGCAGGUCAUACGGGAGAUUAAAGAGUCUAUUGUUGGGGAAAUCAGACGGGAGAUUGUAAGUGGACUUUUGGCCGCAGUAUCUUCAAGUAAAGCAUCUAAUUCUAAGCAAGAUAGUCAUUAAAUGGAAAUUAUAGGUAAAUUGUUCUGAAUUUUUUUGUUUAACCAAAUAUAAGUACUUGGCAUUUAAUUCUUUGUUUCCUUAGUACACAAGUCUGGUUUUCUAGCUACAUUUUGAUUUUUAGAAUAUAUAUAAUUAUGUUCUACCGUGUAAAAACUUCACAUAGCCCUAUUUGAGGUGUAAGCAAGAGAAAUCUCAUCAUACCAAUCUCCAGGGAAUUAUC